AGAAGUGGAAGGAUACUCUCCGAGAGAGAAUACAAGCAAAACAUCAUGAGGAAGGACCGCCACAAAUUCACCAGAGAAUACUUAGCACAUGCAAUAUUCAAAAAGAUCCUUGAGAUGGAGCACAACUACCAGAUGGAGCGCAAGAGGCGGCUGGAGAGCACGGCUCAGAAGGAUCGAGUGCAGAGAGUCAAGGUUGGACGCUCGCGGAGGGCAGUUGAACAUUACAUGCCCGUGUUAUCUCCUCAUCCUCCAAUUGCUCCAAAAGCGAACCAUGGAUCAUGUGUUGCUCUCCCUCGGCCAAACACUGCCCCAGGAAGACCCAGCACUGCCCCAGCACACAUGCAGCAACGGCCAGGUCGGCUGCAGCCGCUGCCCAAUCAUCCAGGGGCCGGAGCGACGCUCAAGCCAACCUCGGUGUCCAAGUCAAAGUCGUCUCCGGCCGAGAUGGAGGGUCGAUUUCCCAAUGGGGGCGAAAGGUACAAGAACACUUCAGAACUUUCCCAUGGAGUGGCUCCCUAUCAGUUGCCCAUUAUUAAUGAGUAUUUGAUGCCUGUGCCUCCGCCACCAUCCCCAAGAAAUGAGAAGAUGAUCAGCAAAGGUCGCAUCGAGGCAUGGAGGAGAAGAGUCCGCCCGACCACAGCCCCAAACCUCCCAGAUCCUCACAGGGACUCAGGAAGAUAUCACAAAUCUUUGCACAGUAACGCCUUCAUCACUAUGAUCUAUUGGGGGAAGAGUGUGCACCUGAAUCAUGACGACAUGAAUUAUAAAGACGAGAUCAAAAUUUAUCAGCAGCACUGCGGUGGGGAAAACCUUUGUGUCUUCCAAGGCAAACUCCUUGAAAAAGAGACAUUUCAGUUCAUCUCCAAGCGGCAUUACGGCUUCCCCUUCAGCCUGACGUUUUUCCUGAACGGGAUGCAGCUGGACAGGCUGAGCUCGUGCUGUGAGUUUAAGCAUCGCAGAGGGUCCAGGCUCGGUGGCAAGAACGGCUACUUUGGAUUUGUCAACAUCGACGGAGCUUCUCCAUGCUACAAGUGCAUCAUUUCAAUGGGACUGGAUAAAAAGCCGUUUCCACCUCCAAAAAGAGAGAAAGAGACGAUGGAGGUCACUGAGGGCCCUGUCAAAGAGGAAGAGUGCACCAAACCGAGUGAAAAUUUAAAUGAAGAAGUGGAGAAUGCGGGGCCCACACCAACAGCUUGUUCAGCUCCAGAAGAUGAUAAGAAAGUUGAAGAGUAUGUUGAGGAAGAGGAAGGGGUGGAAAGAGAUGAGGAGACAGGACCAGAUUCUGCUGAAGAUAACCAAGAAGCCUCAUUUAAAGACGACUAUGAUGAAGAUUUUGAAGUCAAUGACGAGAAAUCAAAUGAGAAAGUUAAUGAAGAUGGACAGACUGAUGAUCAAAUGAAUGGAAGGUCAAAGUCACCCUCAGAUGAUGAAAAAGAUAAUUUAGCCCAUGAAAGGGAGAGUGCAACCUUAUUCCAGGAAAUACGAGAAACCUCUGAUUAUAUGAAAUAUGAAAUUGAUGGAUGCUCAGACAAUGACUUGGAAGAUGACAAACAAGAUCUCAAAUCAAUCCAAGAGGAAAUAAGAGAAUCAGUGGAAGAGAAUGGGCCAUACCAUUCUGAAAAGGAGCCUAGCGACUUCAGUGCAGAUGAAGCACAAGAAGGCCCAAGUAGCCGUCUGGAUCACUUUCACAAAGAUGGGGACUUGUUGGCAGAGGAAACAACGGCUCUGGAGACGGAGGAUGAGGAGUCCAAGCAUGAUGCACCUGAGGGAGAGCAGCUGAAGAGCAGAGAAGCCUUGGAGGGGGAGGUGGUACCAGAGCCCAAGAAAGCCAGGCCAGAGGCAGAAACAGAGGAACCCGGAUCAAGGAAGGAAGAAGAAGAAGAGGGGGAGGAGGAGAAAAAGGAGGGGGAGGAGGAAGAGAAGAAGGAGCAAGAGGAGGAGGAAGCUGAGGAAGCCCUGGGGAAGGGAUGGGUGGUGGUCAAUGCCACAUCAGCGCCUCGAACUUUAGUUGAAGUGACAGAGUUAACCAAGAUCAGGGAGGUCCCUGGGGUCCACUGGGAUGGGGAGGAGACAGGAGCUAAAGGAGAGGGGUUAACAUCUAAGGAAGAGGGGGAAGCAACAGAGAGGACAAGAACAGCACUGGUCAUAACUGAUGCAAUAUCUCCUGAAGAGGAGGCCUGGAGGGACAGAGGCCCAGAAAGAAAGGAGGCUUUGAGCCAAGAGGAGGAGACUGUAGAUACAGGAGCCAGGGAAGGCCAGGAGGUUACAGAGGAGGGAAAGCACAAGAGCAAGAGUGGAGGAAGGCUGGAGGAGAUAGUGAUCCCAAAUGAAAUAGGAAAGUCCAGGGAGGAAGAGUCUGAGAGUGAGGCUGAAGAGGAAGAAGGAUGCACAGAAGCUGUGUCACCAGCCAGGGGGGACAGGGCAGCUUGGAGAGAAGUGUCAGAGAUGGAGGACUGUGAGGGAAUGUACCAAGGGGGGCAAGAAGGUGGGGAAAAGGCAGCAGCUCUGAGGGGUGUGACCCCAGAGGGGGAAGGGGCCAUGGGGGUGGCUGAUCCCGAAGAUGUCAGUGGGAAAGCUGGAUAUCCUAGGGGGGUAGUGAAAGAGACAGCUGCUGUGGGAGAAGAAAUAGUGGCUGAGGAGGAAACUGAGGCACUGAAUGAAGCUGUGAGGGAGACCAUGUCCCAGAGGGAGGUGAUGACUCCCCUCCCUGUAGUUGAAGCCAAGGAGGGUUUGGAGCAAUUGGAAGAAACCACAAAUGGAGGAGAAGAGACAGAGGAAAAGCAGUGUGACACCAAGGAAGGAGAAGUAGGGCAGGGAAUGGAGCCUGUGGACAGGGUGGUGUUUCACAGAGAAAGUGCUGAAAGUGAGAGAAAACUGUUCCCGGAGGAAUCAGCUUCUGAAGUCACAGAGUUGUCAGGGAAAGAAGGAAUCCCAGGGAUAGAGGAAGAAAUGAAAAGAGAAAAUGGAGAAACCAGAGAUGGAGACACAAGAGAGGUGACUUUCAGCGCAAAAGAAGAAAACAAAGUGGAGAAACAUGAGAUGGAAUUACCAGAGGAGGUUGGGAGGUCAGCCAACAACAGAGAAGAAGUGCCUGACAUCACAUGGGCAAGAAAGGAGAGGACACCCGAGGAGGAGACCACAACAAAGGAACCCUUGAUCAUAGAAAGAGUAGUGAGAGAAAUAAAGGCCAAAGAGAAAGGAGAAACAGGAGUCCCAGUGAAGACCCACAGGGCUGUUUUGGAAGACCCAGGGAUGGGGGCAGAGGUUGGUGGAGAAGUAGUAGCCCCCGCACAAAGGACAGGGACAGAGAUGUCUCUGGUGAAAAAAGCCCCAAAGGACAAAAUACAUGAUGGGAAAACCAUUCUGGAAAGACAAGCUGAAGCAGACGUGGGGGACGCAGGAGGGAUGAUGGCAGCCACAGCACCACAGAGGGAGGUGUUGGCAGCUGAGGCAGCAUCUGAGGGCAAAACAGAAGAAAAUAAAGCCUCCUCUCUGUCAGAUGUUGCUGUGGGGGAAACUUGGCCCAAACAGGAGCAGCUACUAAAGAAAACAGCAGCUACAGGCAGGGUGGCAGUGGAGGAGGAAGGGAGGGGAGAACACAUCCCAGCUGUGGAGGAGGUGGCAGGGAAAGCAGCCCCAGUCACCAAGGAAAGGCUUCUCAAAACGAGACUCAUGGUCCAGGCAUCAGAAUGGGAUAGACAUCAGAGGUGGGGUAUAGUGAGAGAAGACUGGAUGAGGGAGAACAGCCAGGCUGAGGAGGCAGGGGAUGAGGAGGAAACCAGACCAGGAUGGUCAGCACCCAGAGGAGAAGCGAGAUUCCAAGAGGGAGGGCCCCAGAGCCAGAGUCCCCAAGCCUUAGAAUCCAUGACUGUGGAAAACCAGACCACGGAAAUCAGAGAGAAGCAAGAAAGCACAGCCCAAAGGAAAGGUGACGCCUCAGGAACUGAAGCCCUGGGGCCCUAAGAUGGCUUUAAAUAUGUCUUCUGGAAAGCAGAAGAAGCAGAGGAGCAAGUCUGUAGUCAUCGCCCCAUCCAGACCUUUACAGCACUGUGUUUUUUGUCCCUCUGAGUAUC